GAGUUGCUUCAUUUUUUAAUCCUAAAAGUUCACCCCCCCCCCCCUCAUGGCAUACUUGUAUACAAAUACACAUUUUCAUGAGAAUGGUACAUAUAAUAAAAAAAUUAUAUCCCUAGUGUGUGUAGUGAUGUAACUACACUUUUCGUACCUUCUUUUACUAUCUACUAUCGGAUAAGAAUUAUUCUAAUGAGAUUGAAACACGCGGCAUAGACUAUUAAAAAAUGAUAGAUAAUUUUGCACAUUUGUUUUGUAGAAUGGACAUACGGCAUUAUAAUUGCGUCUUAUGUGGUGGAAGACCUACUUCCUCGCAGCGUCGUCCUGCCAGUUCUUUUCGCCAUAUUUUGUCCAGACAUUUUUCAGUGAAUGCUGUGGAAACAGAUGUGUUGUGUAAUAAAUGUCGCCACAAGUGUCGAAAUACUUUACGAAGGAAACAUAUUCCUAUAGUUAUCCCCAGUGAUAAGGAUGAAUCGAUGGACCCUACAUUCACAUCUCCAAAGAAAAGUAAAUCCAUUCCCAUAUCAAGUCCACCAUCAAUUUCCUUACCUUUGCCAUCUUCAUCUAAGAGUCAUGCUUAUUGUUUUGUCUGCAAGAAUCCCGGACCCAAGUUACUUUCAGUUUCACAUCAAGCUAGGAUAUUUGCAUUUGUACAAAAGGAAAUCAUUAUCCCACAAGGAGCAAGGUGUUGUGCAGGCCAUUUGGACAACGGAAAACUCUCAAACGACGCUUUGCAAAAUACUAAAACCAAUGACGGUGUGUUGCUUAACAGGGCCUCUGUUCUUACCAUCAUUCAGAGCUUGAGGGAAAUGGCUGCAGAGCACCCACGACUAGAUUUUGAUGAUGAAAACAGCAUGGAUGAUGAUGAUUACAAAGUUCUUAUCAGAUUUUCACGUAUGGAAUUUCAGGACAUUAUUUCAUCUAUAACAAGCAUCAACUCAUCAAAAAACAGAACCAAGAGGACAUGUGUUGCCAUUCUUCUCAUCAAAUUACGCUCAGCACUUUCCAACAAAAUGCUUGCAGUUCUGUUCAAAAUGUCAAAGUAUCAGAUUAGGCGUGCCAUAAAAUCUGCCAGAACAGCUCUCAUGACAGAUUUUGUACCACACAAUUUGGGAUUUCAACAUAUAUCUCGGGAAGACGUGAUUCAAUGAAGGGUCAUGUCCCAUUCUAAGAGGAGAUAAUCACAAAAAUGCAAAAACAGAGUGGGGUCAUUUAAAAAUCUUCUCAAGAACCACUG